AUGCCCAACUCAGAGUGGCGUAAACAGAGAGGUGGCCAACCCUUGACUUGGCAGAGGAGUAUGAAGGAGAUCACGAAACGCUUGGGUGCUGUCGGUACUACUCACCUUCCAGGAUGGGGACCGCGUGGUCCUCACUGUGUCUGGUUGGAGAUACUACAAGAUAUGGCUGCCAACCGACAAACAGUUCGUGAUCAGCACACAACUGAAGGAGUCGAUCUCCGUUGUCUGUGCGGCGAGCAUCGACUCCGAAUCGACCACCCAAAUGUGAUUCCGAGGAGCUCAGACGACCUACUUGAGCAUUCAAAUCGCCUGCAAGGAUCACAAUGUCAGUGCUUUUUGCCUGACGAAUGGGCCCGGAUAGCUCUCGAUAGAAAGUAUCCUUCUCCGCAUCAGAAAUACCAUCUUUUGGCAUGCGCCUGGCACCUUCAAAGUGCAAAUUCAUGCUUCAGAACGUGCCAUCUGCGAACACAUCCCUUAAAAUUCAAGGAGAAUCACUUUACAUACCUCGGUAGUUGCAUUAGCUCUAUAAAAAUGAUCGCCGGUCUCAAAUCCGUGGGCUAUGAAACGCGUCUUGCGGUGCUGGACCCCUUUCCCUUGGAGUAUCGUCCCCCCCGAGGGGACCUAAUUCUCACUUAUGCCCCCUUUGAACAAAGCCUGGCCAACAGGUUUUUCACCAUUGACCCAACAAACACACGGCGGCGACAUGGUAGGAAGUGGUUCGGCCAUGUACACGCAUGCCGAUACAUCAUCCACCGAGUCCUCAAAGAGAACACGGAUGGCUUGUUUCUGCGGCGACGUCUGAUGUAUUUGAACGCUACAUUGUUGUUUUUCCGAGCGAGGUCUAUGAUGGUGGCCUGUUUCGUAUAUUCCGCUGACGGAUUUCUGAUUUACGAAAUGCCGGCUCAUCUUCUGUACCUCCUGUAG